CCUGAACCCUUGGCUGAGUCUGAGUCUCGGUUACAAUGUUUGCGGUGGCAGCGGAGUCCAUAAUGGUCCUCCUCCGCGUCAGAGUGUUGAGUACACGUCACUUCUCCAUCACCAACAACAACAACAAAUGGCAUACACUUCCUCCCUUCUCUCCCACUCCUACUUCUCUCUCCCCCUCCGCCUCCGCCUCCACUACUGCCCUCAAAUGGGUUCUCCGCUGCUGCCCCCACCUUCCCAAACCCCUCGUCCACAAGCUUUUCCGUCUCAGGCAGGUUCGAAGAUCCUCCUCUCCUACCAUAAUCAAACGGGUGGCAGCUAAGGAUACGUUGAACUCAGGAGAUACCAUCUUUCUUCCUCUAUCUGUUAAACACAUUCCCACGGAGGUGAAACGUCACUCUGAUCUCACUCCUCACCAAAUUCAAUUUGUCCGCAGUCUUGUCCUUUAUAAGGUUCUUCACUUUUAUCCCUGGAAGAGGCAUUUGGACGGAUCAGUCCCUGACGGAGGCAUUUGGACGGAGGGACUGAUCCGUCCAAAUUUUGUGAAGGGUGGCAUCAACAUCAAGAGGAGUUUAGAUGUCUUAGCUGCAGCAUGUUUAAAUUUCGAGUACCCGGACUCCCCUCGCCUGGUACAUAGACUAGAUCGAGACUGUUCUGGCAUUCUGGUGAUGGGAAGGACACAGACCAGUGCUACCAUUUUGCAUUCCAUCUUCAGGGAGAAAACUUCAACAGCAUCAGAUGAUAUUGAUGCAGAAAAUAGAAUCCUACAAAGAAGGUAUAUUGCGCUGGUCAUUGGGUGUCCAAGACGUCCAAGGGGGUUGAUUACUGCUUCACUCGGUAAGGUUGUGGUUGACAAUGGAAAAUCUGAUCGUAUAACCGUAGUUGACAAUUCAACAUUAUUGUCUUCACAGCAUGCAAUUACAGAGUAUCAUGUGAUUGGAUCAUCAUCGCAUGGUUACACUUGGCUUGAGCUGUACCCUUUAACCGGUAGAAAGCACCAGCUUCGAGUCCAUUGUGCCGAGGUGUUGGGCACACCGAUAGUUGGGGACUACAAGUACGGAUGGCAAGCUCACAGGAAGUUUGGACAUGAUAAUCUGUCUGACGUGGACUCAAGUGAGGAGCUUUGCAAGGAAGAAAUGCUACCCUUUGGCCUCACUAUGAACAAAGGAAGCAUUUCGGAAAGGUGUCCUCGUUUACAUCUUCAUUGCAAGCAAAUAGUUUUGCCCAAUAUAUAUCGAGCACUGCAAGAUGUGCAAUCACCCCACUACGAUCUAAACCAAGUGGGGAAUCUUGCGUUGACAGCACCUUUGCCGCCAUACAUGCAAAGGAGUUGGGAUAUCACGAAUUCUUGAGUUAAGCAGCUUUUGCAAUUCACUUUUAUCUCUCAUCAAGAUAAAUUUCUUUUUUUUUUUUAACCAAAGAUAGGAGACUCGAACUCGCAACUUCUUAAUUGAGUAUGAGGAGACUACGCCAUUUGAGCUAUUAUUCAUUGGCCAUCAAAAUAAAUUUCUUCUUCUAUUAUUAUUUACAUUUCGAAU